UAGAUGAGGUUCAUUCGUCUCUUCUCCUGUGAAUGCUCUCGGUUCAGCUGCGCAUCGCCAAUGUGGAGGAUGAGUCGGAGAAUCCGUUCAUUUGCGAGCUCGGCGAGCCUGGAUGGCCACUCCGACUCGAGGAAGAAGAAGAAAAGGAGAUUGGAUGAGCUCUGCGUGGAAAGAUAUCCUCAGUUCGCGCGGAAUGUGGUACAAUCCUGGAUCAUACAAGGGAAAGUUUUCGUGGAUGGCAGGCCAGGAACAAAGUCUGGGAUGCAAGUCGCGGAAACAUCAGCAAUCGAAAUCACAGCCCAGCCUCCAAAAUACGUUUGCAGGGCUGGAGACAAGCUCGCAGCAGCGCUUGAGCGAUUUGGGUGUGAUUUAAAUGGUAAAGUGGUGCUCGACUCGGGGCUCUCCACCGGAGGCUUUACUGACUGCAUGCUACAGCAUGGUGCCACGCGAGUGUAUGGAGUCGACGUUGGCUAUGGCCAAGUUGCGGAGAAAAUUCGAACCGAUAAAAGAGUUCGCGUCAUGGAGAGGACAAACUUACGUCUCUUAACUCGGCUACCCGAGAUGGUAGACUUCGUCACUCUGGAUUUGUGCUUUAUCUCGGUUUUGUUGGUGAUGCCUGCCGUGUGCUCGGUGAUGAAGCAGGAUGCGAGCGGCGUAAUUCUCAUCAAGCCACAGUUUGAAGCGGCCAGAUCUCAGGUUGGCGGUGGUGGGAUCGUGAGAAAGCCCGAAGUUCACAGAGAGGUUCUUGAGAAGGUCAUAGAUGGUGUUGAGGAGUUUGGCUUCGCUUGCAAAGGCUGGAUGGAAUCCCCAAUCAAAGGCACCGACGGCAACACAGAGUUCUUGGCAUACUUCCACAGGAUGACUAAACAAACACCAGCGCAGGAAAAACGCGAAUUUGUUGCAAAUAAGUCAAAGAGUUACUACUUGGAUCUUCUUGAACGCAAGGGAUCUUAAUUCUCUUUGGAGCAACGGAAGAUUCUGUACAAGAACUUUGUUUCAUCUUUGCAAAGUUUGGGUUUUUUUCUUCUGGAGAUCAAAAUCUAUUCUAAAUGCUAGACGUGAGCACAUAAGCAGUAGCAUUCUUGUGGUCGACCUCAAAAUGUGGCAACAUAAUCAAAGCACCGGAAUUUUGUCUCU